AGGUUGCAGCCUUGGCUCAAUGUUGAAAUAAGAGAGACAUCCCUGCAGUUUCCAGUCUGCCUUCCCUUUGGGCGGUCCAUGACACCUCAUCACACCCCAUCCCCAGUGGCCCUCCAGCAUGUCCUGGUUUAGUGGCAUCCUGGUGCCCAAGGUGGACGAGCGGAAGACUGCCUGGGGUGAGCGCAAUGGGCCCAAGCGCCAUCGCCCGGCACUUUGUGGCCCACGCUACAUGAGCUGCCUACAGGACCCAGAGCUGGAGCGCGGAGGCAGUGGGGGGCUGGGGCUGAACUGUUCGUGGCAGGAGGACCAUUAUGGCAAGAAGCAGCAGCUGUCAUUGCCGCCUGGUCCUGGGACAGGAGACCUUGGACUCAAAGCCGUGGAUCUGGGCUUUGAGGAUGGCAGCGGCACAGGGAGCGAGGCCAAGGGACUGUCAGCGAGCGACUGCAGCCGGCGCCUCCUGCAGGUGUUCCGUUCAAAGCGUUUCCGCUCUGCCAAGCUGGAGCGUCUCUAUCAGCGCUACUUCUUCCAGAUGAACCAGAGUUCAUUGACUGUGCUCAUGGGAGUCCUGGUCCUCGCCUGUGGCAUCAUGCUGGUGUUUCACUGUGUGCCUGGUGCCCCCCGUGUGCCCUAUACCGCCGCCCUUGUUGUGGCAGCCACUCUCUUCCUGUCCCUCAUGGUUCUCUGCAACCGGACUGGCUUCCACCAGGACUGCAUGUGGGCUGUGAGCUACCUGGUCAUUGGGGCACUGUGUGGCGUGCAGGCUGUGGGCACCCUUCUGGUCUCGCCACGUAGCGCCUCCGAGGGGGUCUGGUGGAGCGUCUUCUUCAUCUACAUCAUCUACACUCUUCUGCCUGUGCGCAUGCGAGCAGCCGUGGUGGCUGGGGCUUUGCUUUCAGUGCUUCACCUGGUAAUCUCUUGGCAUCAAAACCAUAUGGACUCCUUCCUCUGGAAGCAGCUCAGCGCCAACAUUUUGAUCUUCCUUUGCACCAACAUCAUCGGCAUUUGUACCCACUACCCAGCCGAGGUGUCACAACGCCAGGCCUUUCAGGAGACACGUGGCUACAUCCAGGCACGGCUGCACCUGCAACAUGAGAAUCGUCAGCAGGAGCGGCUUCUGCUGUCAGUGCUGCCACAACAUGUGGCCAUGGAGAUGAAGGAGGAUAUCAACACCAAGAAGGAGGACAUGAUGUUCCACAAGAUUUACAUCCAGAAACAUGACAAUGUCAGCAUUCUGUUUGCUGACAUUGAGGGUUUCACUAGCCUGGCAUCUCAGUGUACGGCACAGGAACUGGUGAUGACAUUGAAUGAGCUCUUUGCACGUUUUGACAAACUGGCUGCGGAGAAUCAUUGCCUCCGCAUCAAGAUCCUAGGUGAUUGCUACUAUUGUGUCUCAGGGCUGCCGGAACCACGGGCGGACCAUGCUCACUGCUGUGUGGAGAUGGGCGUUGACAUGAUCGAGGCCAUUUCGCUGGUACGUGAGGUGACAGGCGUGAAUGUAAACAUGCGUGUUGGGAUCCACAGCGGACGUGUGCAUUGUGGAGUCUUGGGGCUGCGCAAGUGGCAGUUUGAUGUCUGGUCCAACGAUGUCACCCUGGCCAACCACAUGGAGGCUGGUGGAAAAGCUGGGCGGAUCCAUAUUACACGGGCAACACUGCAGUACCUGAAUGGGGACUAUGAAGUAGAACCUGGACAGGGUGGUGAGCGCAAUGCCUACCUUAAAGAGCAUAACAUCGAGACCUUCUUCAUCGUGGGUUGCAGCCAGAAACGAAAAGAAGAGAAGGCCAUUUUAGCCAAGUUGCAACGGGUCCAGGCCAACUCCACCGAGGGGCUGGUGCCUCGCUGGGUGCCCGAACGCUCGUUCCCCCGGACCAAGGACUCGAAGGCCUUCCGACAGAUGGGGAUUGAUGAUUCCAGUAAAGACAACCGAAGUACACAGGAAGCCUUGAACCCUGAAGAUGAGGUGGAUGAGUUUCUGAGCCGUGCCAUUGAUGCCCGAAGCAUUGACCAGCUGCGCAAGGAUCAUGUCAAACGCUUCCUGCUCACUUUCCAGAAACCUGAGUUGGAGAGAAAGUAUUCCAAGAAGGUGGACACUCGCUUUGGGGGUUACGUGGCUUGCACUGUGCUUGUCUUCUGCUUCAUUUGUUGUAUCCAGAUUGUCAUCUUCCCUCACUCCCCUCUGAUGCUUGGCGCCUACAUCAGCAUCUUCGUCACCCUGGCCACCAUCCUUUUUGUCUGCGCCAUCUACUCCUGCCUUGGCCCCUUUCCAGCCACUUUGCAGCAGCUGUCCCGCAAGAUCAUCCAGUCUCGAACCAACAGUACAAUCACUGGUGUGGCUGCUAUUCUGCUCGUCUUUGCCUCUGCCUUCAUCAACAUGUUUGCUUGCAGCCGGGUCCAGCUCCAAGAUUGUGUUGCUGAUUUUCUGAACAUUACUCCACCUGCUGUGGGUCCCUGCCUUCUUCGUGCCCUCAACUACUCAUUGGCAUCAGACAAUCUACCCUGCCAGGGAACCGGUGCUUCUAGCUGUAGCUUUCCUGAGUAUUUCACUUAUUCAGUAUUGCUGAGUCUGCUGGCGAGCUCUGUCUUCCUGCACAUCAGCAGCUUGGGGAAGCUGGCACUGCUGGUGGGGAUGGAGGCUGUGUAUCUGGCCCUGGCAGAAGGCCCUCAGGGGAUGCUGUUUGACAACUACGACUUGCUGGUGGUUGCUAAUGCCUUGCCGACAGCUGUCAAUGAGAGCCAGAGUGGCCAAGACUGCCAAGCAGAAGGGAAAGUGGCCCUACAGUACGUGACUCCUGUCAUCCUGCUGCUUUUUGCCUUGGCACUUUAUCUGCAUGCCCAGCAGGUGGAGUCUACUGCCCGUCUUGACUUCCUCUGGAAGCAACAGGCUACAGGUGAGAAAGAGGAGAUGGAAGAGCUGCAGGCCUAUAACCGCCGGCUGUUGCACAACAUCUUGCCAAAGGAUGUGGCUGCGCACUUUCUGGCCCGUGAGCGCCUCAACGAUGAGCUGUAUCACCAGUCGUGUGAGUGCGUUGCUGUCAUGUUCGCAUCAAUCAGCAACUUCUCAGAGUUCUAUGUGGAGCUGGAAGCCAACAAUGAGGGCGUUGAAUGUCUGCGGUUGCUCAAUGAGAUCAUUGCUGACUUUGAUGAGAUUAUUAGCGAGGACAAGUUCAGGCAGCUGGAGAAGAUCAAGACGAUAGGCAGUACCUAUAUGGCAGCUUCAGGGCUGAAUGACAGCACCUAUGACCGCGAGGGACGCUCCCAUAUCACAGCGUUGGCAGACUACGCAAUGCGACUCAUGGAGCAGAUGAAAUACAUCAAUGAACACUCUUUCAAUAACUUCCAAAUGAAAAUUGGGCUGAAUAUUGGGCCGGUGGUAGCUGGGGUGAUUGGAGCUCGGAAGCCGCAAUAUGACAUUUGGGGCAACACCGUGAAUGUCUCCAGCCGUAUGGACAGCACUGGUGUCCCUGACCGCAUUCAGGUGACCACUGAUCUUUAUCAGGUAUUGGCAGCCAAAGGUUAUCAGCUGGAGUGUCGUGGGGUCAUCAAGGUCAAAGGCAAAGGUGAAAUGACCACCUAUUUCCUGAACGGAGGCCCAUCCCUCAGUUAGCGAGAACCUUUGCUACGAAGGGACACAUUUGGCUGGGCUCAAACAGCAUGGGGUGAAGUGGUUCUCUCUGCACCCUCUCUUCCUUCUCUCACUACUUGCUCCAGAUUUUAGAUAUACCCUUCUA